GCUGCCAGUCUACCACAGACAGCUGAGGAUUUCCAGACGGGGGACCCCGGCUCAAUACGGCCUAUUAUUAGCAAAACGUCGGAGUCUACGGUGUGUUUAAAUGGCGAAAACGUACGAUUAUUUAUUCAAGCUGUUGCUCAUCGGAGACAGCGGAGUCGGCAAGACAUGUCUGCUGUUCAGAUUCAGCGAGGACUCCUUCAAUACCACCUUCAUAUCCACAAUAGGAAUAGACUUCAAAAUCAGAACUAUAGAGCUGGAUGGAAAGAGAGUCAAACUUCAAAUUUGGGACACUGCAGGGCAGGAGAGGUUUCGCACCAUCACCACAGCGUACUACAGAGGAGCAAUGGGCAUUAUGUUGGUCUAUGACAUCUGCAAUGAGAAGUCUUUCGAAAACAUAAAAAACUGGAUUAGAAAUAUUGAAGAGCAUGCCUCGUCUGACGUGGAGAAGAUGGUACUGGGUAACAAAUGUGACAUGGCUGACAGGAGACAGGUGUCCAAAGACAGAGGUGAAAAACUGGCUAUUGAUUAUGGAGUUAAGUUCUUGGAAACAAGUGCAAAGUCUAGCCUAAAUGUAGAAGAGGCCUUUUAUAACAUUGGAAGAGACAUAUUACAUAACCUGAGCUCAAAGACGACUGACAACAAUGCCGGAGGAUCAGGCAAACCAGUCAAGAUCACAGACAAAAAGUCGAAGAGGAUAAAAUUCUUCAAGUGUUCACUCCUCUAGGCUGCUUGCCUCCAGUGUUCACGGCUCUCUAGCGUGACUUUGCUGUUUCUGGUUCCAACCUUCCGGGCGUCCUCCCAGCAGCGACAGCAGUGGUAAUAUUCAGAGUUCCUUCCUGCCAGCUGAAGCUCACAGGUUCACGAGUGGUUGGGAUGCCAUCCUGAUGAAGAGGAUCAACAAGGAAUGAGGCCUGAUACUGUAUAUCCUGUCAUGCAAAAGACCUGAGCAUGAUCCUCAGAAUUGGUUUGUAGCUGGCCCUGCAGAGUCUGCUCACAGGAGGCAGUGACUCUGUUGGCUUUUAUAAUACCUCUGUUGGAUGUCCUGAAAAUAGACUUUAUUUAAUAUGAUGAAGUUCCACAUAGUUGUCUUAUAAAUGUGGGAAAAAAAAUGGAAAAUGCAGAUUCUUUCAUAAAUUGUAGCAUUGUUUUAUAAACUCUAUCUAUUAUCAUAUUUACCAUGAUGUUACUGUCAGAUGGACAUAUCACGUCUCAGCAUUGAUUGUACUUGUCUGUGUAAAUUCAUGUAUACUAAUAUGCCUACGGUCUCCUGUUGCACUGGCACCAUUUCUAUUUGUUCAUGCGUGCAUCGAAGGAUUCCCAGUGUUGUGAAAGGAGAGACAAAAAUAUGUAUAAAUAUAACCUACUGUCUUUUUCAGGAAACCUUCAUUUAAACAGGUUUCUGUGUCAAACUGAAACUGUGAGAGGUAGUUUGUUUCUUAGGAGCUGUACCUAACUACAUAUUGUUAUGCGAUUGUCAGUAUUUGCAUGAAAGCUAUAGGGUUACCUCUGAGUGGAAUAUUUUUAAGCACAUUUUACAGUAUCUGAAAAGAAUAUGUUUACAGACAGUAUUUGAAAGUGUCAAUCAUAUUUGAAUUAAUGUUUUUGAUGUUCAUGUUGUGUCAUGAUUUUGGCACAACUAACUGAUUGUGUAUAUACUUUAUUUUCACCCUAAAAUGUAGACAUCCAACUUGAAAACACAAUGACUGAGGAAAGCUGUAAUGUGAAUGAUGUUGAGUUACUGUAUGUUAAACCAAUGAAAGACAGUAAAGAAAGUGGAUCUUUCAAA